AUGGACCAAAAACAAAACCCCAUCGGUCAGCGUCGUCCUCGUCGUCGCUCCAUAAUUCAUGAAUCGUGUUUGAAUACAUCUGCGUAUGGUCUGUCACGAGUUGCUCGUUCAACCGAUAUUCUCAGUCGCUUCUUCUGGUUGAUUUCUUUUACCUGUUUUACUGCUAUCAUGAUCUAUUUUAUCGUUCGAUCGAUCUUAGCUUACUUUGAAUAUCCAACUAAAAUAGAUAUUAGCUACGUGAACAAAUGGCCGAACUAUUUUCCAGCAUUCAGCCUUUGCAAUCUAUCACCCGUUCGAUCCGAUGAAAUCAUCGGUUUGUUGCUUAACUAUAGUAAUAUGUCUAACGGGACAAAUGUAAAUGGAACAGCAGAUAUCAAUCAAUUCAGUGUUGCUUUUAUUUAUGAUUUCAUGGUCGAUCGAAUGAACAGGAACCAAUCAAUCGAGUCAUUUUUGUUUUCAUUGCCGGUCAUGCUUCAAUCUUGUUCAUUUAACAAUCGUCCAUGCUCACUAUCAGAUUUUGUUCUAUUUACAUCAUCACUAUACGGAUUUUGUUAUACAUUCAAUGCCAAGAUGAAGAAUAGCUCAAACAGUACCGUACGCUUAGCUGGACAGUAUGGUGGUGAUGGAAUACUCUCUUUGGGGAUAUAUUUACAUAGUCACCAAUACGUUCCUCAAAUGACUGAUUCUGUCGGUCUCAUUGGUCUAAUACAUGGAAAUACACAAUUACCGCUAAUUGAAGCAGCUGGUGUAGAGCUAGCAGCGGGGCGAAAACAUCGACUAAGUUAUAGUGAGAAGACAGUCCGCUUCCUGCCUGCACCAUAUUCUAACUGUAAAGAUGAAGUAUCUUCUCUGAUGCAACUGAUGCUGGAUAAAUAUAACGGUGCUGAUUACGGAUAUUCAGAAGUUAUUUGUUACCAACUUUGUGAACAAGCAUAUGUGUUUGAUCAGUGUGGCUGUGUCAAUCCGUAUAAAUGGAAUGCUCGUUCGAUCAUGUUGCCCGAAACGAAUAAAAUCAUAUAUACAACUCUUUGCAGUGGAAAUGAUACUUGUUAUCGUGACGCUAUCAGUGUAUUCUCUGCUUCACCAUCGCUUAUGAAUCAGUAUUGUGCAGACUGUCAAACUCAGUGUGAAAAAACGGACUUUGCUGUUCAGACAUCAUCUUCGGUUGCGCCGAUUGAAUCUCAAAUGAAUGAUAUAAAGUUAUUCGUCGAAAAUUCAACUGUUCCGCUGCCUACUAACUGGUCAAGUAUAUGGCGUGAACAGAUUUAUAACAAUUAUCUUCGCGUUGAUGUAGUGCGUCGAACAGGCAUUGUAGAAAUGAAUAGCGAGUCAGCAACACUUGCUCCAGUGGAUCUGUUUUCCAAUAUCGGCGGACAAACAGGCUUAUGGAUCGGUGUCAGCUUUCUUUCAUUGAUGGAAUUAGUUGAAAUUAUCUAUCGGUUAAUCCGGCAUUAUUUCCGUCCAAACCGAGUGAAUGCAGCAACUGACCAGGAAACGACUGGUACAUGA